AUGGCAAAGAGCCGUUUCGAAUAUGUAAAGCAAUUCGAGCUUGAAGAUCCUUUGCUUCCACACUGCUGGAUAGUUAUACGCCUGGAUGGGAAGGGGUUCACUCGGUUCUCAGAGCUUCACAACUUCAAGAAGCCCAAUGAUGAGCAGGCCCUGCGGUUGAUGAACAGGUGUGCCGUGGAAGUCUUGGAAGCCUUCCCUGACAUCCGGAUAGCGUUUGGAGAGAGUGAUGAGUACAGCUUCGUCUUCAGCAAGACCUGCAAGAUAUAUGGCCGGCGCAGCAGCAAGCUUGUGUCCCUUGUGACAUCAUGCUUCAGUGGGAAUUACGUGCGGUGGUGGCCAGAACAUUUCCCAUCCCAGCCCCUGCUGUGCACACCAAUCUUCGAUGGGCGCGCCGUGUGCUAUCCCACAGAUCACAUUCUGAGGCAUUAUUUAGCCUGGAGGCAGGCGGACACGCACAUUAACAAUCAGUAUAAUACAUGUUUUUGGGCUCUGGUGCACAGCGGCAAAUCCCGCACAGAAGCACAAGACCACCUGAAGGGCACUCAGACUGCCUACAAGAACGAGCUUCUCUUCAGUGAAUUUGGGAUAAAGUAUGGAUUGCUACCGGUAAUGUUUAGGAAGGGUUCUGUGGUCACACGCUCAAGGCGGCAGAAGACUGUCAAGCAUGCAGAAGACGGCACUGCUGUGCAGAGGGAAGGGGGCGAGGUCACUGUGACCCAUGAGGACAUCAUAGACGAUGCCUUCUGGGAAACUCGCCCAGAUAUCUUGAUGUGA